AUGAAUAACCCUGUAGAAGUUGUUGUCCCCCAUUUGAGGCGUCCAGGCAAUUCAAACGGAAUAAAAAAUGAAGCACAGAUAGAGUCCAUGGGGGGAAGCGCCAACAACAUUAGUCUGCACGAUGAUCAUGCUUAUGCCAGUGAUGACCUCCCUGGAGAAUUCCACACAACGGGGGAUGUCCCCCCUGGAGGACAAAAAGGAAGGAAAAAAAGGAUGUUCAGAAUAAAGAAAAAAAAAUCACUGACACCAUUGCAUAAUAAUGAUUUUUCCCAAGGGGGGGAAGCGAAAGUUUCUGAUGUGGCUCUGGAGUCAUUUGCAAUAACAAGGAAGCAAAGGCGCUCUCCACUGCUGGGCAAGGGGGUUGUAGAAAGCUCCAACAUCCAGCUGACGAGCAAACUGAACCCCACCCUGUCUCUGGUUGCCUCCAAAGCCGUGGACGGACUCCUUGGUGGUGUUCAUAAACACAUGCAAGGGCCUUUUUCUCUUGACCUCGAUGGAACGAAUAACUCUCCUCUAGCCAAUCCGAUUGUCACUCCAAAUUUAUACUCAAAUCUGAACAACCCAUUUAAUAUGCAAAAUGGCAUCCCCCCUGCGGGUGCCCCGGUUCCAAGUGCACCUGCCCCGAUGGCCAUUCCGACCCAAACGGCACAAGUGCCCAUUCCAAAUGCACAACCACAACCCCCUAGUGUAGCCACAGAAACAGCCGCACCAACGGCUACAGCCCCAAUGGCUUCUCCAACAAUACCACCCCCACCUGCCGCCACCGCAGGAGUGCCCCCCCCACCGGGGAUCCAACUCCCCGCAAACGCAAUGGCAUACCCACAAAUGAAUAUGCAAAAUCUUAUGUCAGCAAAUCAUAUGGCGCAAAAUCCAGCCUUCAACAUACACCCUACUGCCACUAAUUUAAGGGAUGAUCCAGGGAACGUAAAUUACAAUGAAGUCGUCACAAUAACAAUUGGCAUAGUUAUUUGCCUCUUCCUCUUUUGUUUCGUUUUUGGCUGCUUCGUGAAGAUGUGCAAACCGGGGAAGAGACGCCGUUGA